CACUUUUUUUGUUGAUAGUUGUUUUAUGCUUUUUUAUUUUAGAAUUCCUCAAUUUAUUUCAUAAUGCGUAAUCCAUCCUGUUUUACAAUUGCAUAUGGUAAUCAUUUUUUUUUCUUGGCAUAUCUUUGCUUGUCACCUCAAGUUGCUGAAGGUUGCAAAUCACUUUUCAAGAAAAGUUAUUUUUUUAAUUAUAAUCGAUAUUAUAGGAAUAUCUGGUAAUUUCAUGAUUUUUUCAGAUGCCAUUGUGAACAAGACAAGCAAUCUCUUAUUCUUUGGAUCAUGUAUUUAUGUGUGCUUGAACUGUUUAAGCACAACACAAUUUUGCAAUGAUAUAUCUAAAGAUGGGGUAUUGAAAGCUCUACACUUAUCUACGUUCACCCAAUAAUUUUUUGUGAUGUAUGAACACAUAUUUUGCUAAAGUUUUGCAUACUAGAAAGUGAUAGAGCUGGCUUGACUAGUGACUACUCUGACAUAUCUUUGAGGUUUUUGUUAGCUUCGUGAAGAUGAUAAAAGCAUCAUUUAUUGAGGAGAAAAAUAUAAAUAUUUUUAGUCUACUUCACAUUUUAAGCUUUACGAGAUUAGGGACAAUGAAUUUAAUGUUCUAAUGAAGUCUUGGUCUUAGAUAUCAUGCAUCACAAGAGUGGAGAUGGUUGCUAUCGAUCAAUAAAUAAUUAUAGAAAAGAUUGUGUUUCUAUCAUCAUUGGAGAUCGGUGCUAGAAAGUUAUUGAGGGGAAAUCUACUUUCUCUACGAGAGAGACAUUAGAAAGCAUUGUGGAAUAAACUUGUUUUCUGGAAAAAAAUCUGUGCUUCAAAAUGGUCUACUUCAUUCAAAUUGUAUUGAUUGUCUCAACCAAAAAAAUGUAGCCCACUUUGCCUAUGGUUUAGCUUCCCUUUGCCAGCAGCUGCAUCUUUUGGGGUUUAUUGAUGUUCCAAUUAUUGGUUCGGGUUCUCCUUUAUCUGAUGAUGUGAUGGACCUAUAUGAGAAAAGCUGUGAUACAUUUGCUUUACAAUAUGGUGAUUUUGUUGCUCAUAAGAAGGCAUGUUCUUGCAAUGGAUUUUGCUACCAGAUUUUUACUUAGACGCAUUCAUAGCAUAUAAUGUUAUGGAUUUUCACACUUUUUACUUGUUUGGAUUAGAUGUAAAAAAUCUUUUAGUAAAUGUUGUUUAGCAUAUUUGCUUAUCUAAAAAUAUUUCUUCAUUUGAAAAAUUGAUGUUGUUCUCUUGCUCUACUCUUUUCAUUAGUUUCGGCCAGAUGUGUAUGCUUAUUUCUUUGUUGAUUAGGUUUGUGUCCUCAUAGCUACAUUCAGAUGUUAUUUAUAUUUUUUAUUAUGUAUUUCCUUGUGUUAUGUAAUUGCUGAUAUUAUGUGAUAGAAGAAGUCAAUGGAAGGUAGCUACCUAGUCUCCAGAAUUUUUUAGGAAUGUUUAGAGAUACUACAACAAUACUUAUACCGAUUCAUGCAAACAAGAUGCCAUAAAUACGUAAGUUUCUUGCAACUUUAGCUGACGCUUUUUAAUGGGUGGGGUUUUUUUUAAGAACAAUCACUCUAGUGCUUAUUUUUUUUUUCAUCCAAUUGAAGCUUUUCUAAAAUAAUUUGAAGCUAUGAGCUUGAAUGUUAAUGCGAUUGGAGCUUUUGCUUUGACCUUUGAAGCUCACACUUUUCACUUAAGUUUGAAGCUUUUAAAGUUUAAGAAGCUUAUGCUUUUUUUAUUUUUAAAUACCGUGAAUGCAUUGAGUCUAUACCUCAAGCGAAGUAUAAGUUUCUUCCAUAAUUGGACAAGCAUCCAAUAUUAUUGUUUUAACUCAUUUGUCAAGGUACUUCAAAAAAGUAGGUGUUCAUUUUGUUGGGCAUAUAUUUUCAUUUUUAAUUUGGCUAUAUGCUUUAAUAUAUUUUGCUUGUUCUAAAGAGCCCUUUUUUUAAAGCAAGUCUUUUAAUCCAAAAGAAGUUAGCAUACCAAAUUAACAUGAAGGAUAUUUUUAGCAUUAUUUGUCACUUUAUGUUGUUUCAUUAGAACAUAUGAUUUUAAUUCAUCUUGUUUAUUUUUCUUCGAUGGUAUUUCUUAUUAGCAUCAAAGAUUUUGUACUAAUGUGAUGUAUAUGAUGUCUUUGAGCUCAUUGAGAUUUAUUAUAAAACAGGUUAGUCCAUCUAUCUUAUGAAUGUCUAUAUAGUUGUUUCAUGUCAUAUCUAGAUUAGAUAAGAUAGGUAAGUGUUUUGGAGCUUUAUUGACAUUAUUUUGAUAUUUAGUAGGCAGAAUUCAACUUUACUUGUGCUGAUAUAAGUAAAGAAAAUAUUUUUUGUGUAGCCAGUCGAAUGCUAAUUAUUGUUCCUUAAUGAAAAUUUGAAUUAAUUAUAAAACAUAUUUAAUAAUUAUUUUGAUUCUACUUUUUUAUUAUUCCUAUUUUUUAUUCAUUUUAUUAUGUUUAUUAUUAAUACUUUUUAAGUGACAUAAUUAACCUAUUACAAUUGCAUGAAUCCAACAUGGUUUAUUAAGUUAAAAUAUUAUUCGAGGUUUCUUCAUAGAGAUCAUAAAUGCUAAAGAAUUAAAGGUUGAUCUCAAAGUAGGAAUAGGGUUGAGACAAACUAUGUUUUUGAAUAGAAAACAUUAUCAUGAUAAUACAAAGCCGAUUCUGUUAAAAAAGCAUUGCAAAUGCAGUUGGUGAUAUUGUAAUUCUCAUUAUGAUUAGAUAUGCAAAUUUCAAUAUGUAUUCAAAAUAAAUAACAAGGUGGCAAAAAUGAAUCAAAUAGAAUGAUAAGCCGACGAAUGUAAGCAAGAAAGCAUUACAAUAAUAUUCAUAUUAGUGUUGAUUUUUGAGCAUUGAAGCAAACAAGCAUGACGUUCGUUUUUCAUUCUAACAACAAUAUGAUGUACACCUUCAUGAUAAAUAAGACACUUUGUUUAGAUUGACAAGGCAAAAUAUGUCUUGCAUAAAAUAACAAAAAAAUAUGUUUUUAAACUAUUCUUUAAAAAAGAUAUUUCGUUCAGAUUGAUAGCAUUGGCCUUUUUUGUUGGUGUUAAAAAGCUAAUAUAUCUACUUACCAAUUUCAUGUAUUUCCCUUUAGUUUAGACAUAUAGUAUAUCACUAUUAGUCUAACAGAUGGUUCCUUUAUCAUUCAACAAUGUAAAGAUUUUCAUGGUCCCCAUUUUUGAAUUUAGUAAAUUCUUUUGUCAAACCAUAGAAGAACAAAAUUAACUAGUAGUUUGAUUUGUGAUAAUAAAAAACCAUCCUUUGUAGAUUUAUAAUAUCCUUGUGUAGUAACACAUUUGUGUAUGAUUUUCAUUAAUCUAAUUUUUUCAUUUUUUAGUUGAAAUUGAUGGACCUAGUGUGGGAAAGUAUUGAUUUUUUGAAUUUAUUUGAUGUAUAUUUUACUCUACUAAUGUAUUCACUACCAUAAUUUUGGAUUAUUCAUCAUUAUCAGUAGUUUUUUCUUAAUCAUUUUGACCAACUUUAUAAAUCAUCUUCCCUUUAUUCUUGUUGUUGCAACAUUAAGUGUCUAAGUCUAUUUUGUGUUUUUAUUUUAUUUUAUUUUUUAAUUUUUUAUUAUAUGUUGUUUUUUUUCUUUCAUAAUCCUUCCAUAAAGAUUUUAUUUUCUUGCAUAGUGGUGUAUUUUUAGACAAACUUGCUUGCUCAAUAUAUAAAAUCAUUUGUUAUUAUAUUUUUUAUUAAUGUAUAAUAUAAGUGCUUUUAACUUUCUUAUUUCUUCACAAUCAACUUUGUCUAUUGGUGACACUUUGUUGCCUAAUACUCAAAUCUAUAUGCAUAGUUGGGCUAAUUGUAGUUCAAUAGUAUUUGAUUUAUGUUUUUAUGAUAAUCUAUUAUAGGCUAAUACAAAUAAGAUUGUGUUUUCAUAACCUAAUUGGUUUACUCUAGAAUUUAUUUUCUAUUUUAUAUUUUCAUAAUGUAAUAGAUUUCCAAUUCUUGAAUAAGGGAUACUAAUCAUCAUGCAACUUUUAUUAGCCUCCUCCACAAUGGAGCAUGAAUGCAUACGAUUGUUCUUCCCUACUCUUCUUAUUGCCAAUUAGUUAUGUUUAGUGCAUCAACUAGGGGUCACAAUCUACCAAGUUGCCUGAUGGGAGCUGAGAUAGUUGUUGACAUUGAUUGACGCGAUAUGUAUAGUUUACUCUUUAGAGGUAGAUCUUUGUAGGUUGGUGAGUAUGAUUCCAUUAAUCUUAUUUAUUCACUAUUUAGUCUAUAUUAAUGGACCUAGUGUAGGAAAGUACUGAUUUCUUUAGUUUAUUUGAUGUGAUAUUUUACUCUACGAUAAUGAAUUCUCACCAUAAAUUUGAAUUAUUAAUCAUAAUCAGUAGCUUUUUCUUUAUUAUUUUGACCAAUUUUAUGAAACCUCUUCUCUUUAUUCUUUUUGUAGGUAGCAUUGAGUGUCAAGUCUAUUUUUUGCAUUUUAUUUUUAUUUUUAUUUUAUACUAUAUGCUGCUAUUUUCUUUCACUAUCCUUCCAUAGUGAUUAUAUCUUCUUGCAUAUUAGUGUAUUUUUAAUUACACACACUUGCUUGCCCAAUAUAUAAAAUCAUUUGUUAUUAUAUUUUUAUUAAUUUAUCAUAUAAGUACUUUAACUUUUUUUAUUUCUUCACAAUCAUCUUUGCCUAUUGGUGACUCUAUAUCACCUAAUACUCAUAUCUAUAUGACAUAGUUGGGCUAAUUGUAGUUAUGUAGCAUUUGGUUUAUGUUUUUUUGAAAAUCUAUUAUAACUCAAUACAAAUUAGGCUGUGUUUUCAUAACUUAAAUUGGUUUUAACUCUUGAAGUUAUUUUCUAUUUAUAGUGCUUCAACUAGGGGUCGCAAUCUACCAAGUAGCCUGAUGGGAGUUGAGAUAGUUGUUGACAUUGACUGACGCAAUAUGUAUAGUUUACUCUUUAGAGGUUGAUCUUUUUGAAGAAAAAUGAAUUGGAGGCAGAACUUGCUAAUGUUAUAGGGAUAUUCAAGACAGCUCAUAAAAUAGGAUAAUCAAGCAAGAAAGAAGUUUGGACUUCCUGAGAAGCACAACGAUCAUGUGGUGAGAGCUAAGUCAUUCCAUAAGAAAGAAGAGACUCUUCAUGUAGGGUUUUUGCAGUAAUAUUCUAUAGUAUAAUGGCCACAUAUGUAUCAGCAAGGGCACUAAUAAGAUUUAAUAAGAUAAGAUAAUAAGAUAAGAUUUAUAACAACAUUUUUAUUAGGAAAAAAAAGGGUACUAAUAAGAUUUGAGGAUAUCUUGGUUUUAUAGAUACUUGGAGAGUAAGCCUUGUCCAGGAACCCAGAUGAGUUAUAUUUCAAGAUGAUAAAUUUGAGAGUGAUUGAUGGAGCACAUAAACCAAAGAGCCAAGCAAAUAAGUAUAGCCACGAUGAACCCAUGCUGAUGAAGACUUAAAGAUAUUGGAUAUGUCAUUCAAAAGCUAUAGACUGAGAAGAAGGUGACUGCUGUGGGGAUCAAUAUUGAAUGGGGAUUAUUGAUGGCUAGUAUAUCGAAAGGCAGUGGUGAACAAACUCCAUUAUAGGUUUUUUGUGGCCCAUUUUAUUAAUGAUUUGCUUAUGAUUAUACUAAUUUUCCUAUGUGAUUCAUUUAUGGUUCCUCUGUAAAGGUGCGCUUGAAUGGUGUUGCUGCUUUACUGGCAUAGGGCAUACAUGUGUGAAAGAUGCUGUAGAUGGAGCUGUUCAGAUUUUGACUGUGCUGUGACUAUUAUGGUUGUUGUUGUACGUGAAGGUCUUCCAUUGGCUGUUACAUUGAUUCUUACCUACUCAAUGAAGAAGAUGAUGGCAAACAAAGCAUUGAUGACGGUUGUGGAAGCUCAUGUGGGCGGGGUAAAGCUAACUUCUCCGGAUAAUGGCCAAGAGUUAUCUUCUUCAGUAUAUUCUUUAUUGUACGAUAGCAUUGCAUGGAAUGCCAGUGGUAAUGUGUAUGAGCCAGAGGAUUCAAAAGCUCAAGUGACGGAAAUUCAUAAUUAUUGGAACUCUGUAGAGGAUGAUGAAUGUAUUGGGGGUUGCGAAUAGAGAUAUGCUAACCCGUAAGGCCACGGGUGGGUUUUAUACACAUGCUCAUUCAUUUUUAAGUCUAUUUAUUAUGAACUUCAGAGUUCAUUUCUUCCUUUUUCCUUGGCAAUAUUCUGCAAAGCUUUUGAAAAAGCCUGAUCAGUGUAGCGUAAUUUAUGCUUGCUUACACCUCUUUUGGGUUGAUGAUCAAGGUGGAAUCAAGGACAAAGAAAGGUAAAAUUUGUAGUUGCUUUCUUUCCUUUAAUGCUUUGAUUUCUGUACCUGAAGACUGAUUAGCAACGGCUUUGAGAUUUCUUGCAAACCCAUUUUUUCUUUUGCAUAUAUGGCCAUGAACUCUAUAUCUAUUCAUUCAAAUUGGUCUCUUGUUAUUUA